GCGAUGCUAAUAAUGUCAUUCUGUGGCCUGGCACUAAAUAAAACAAACGAUGCUCAUUUAGAGAGACUGGAGAAAGCAGGAGAAGGACAUUAAAAGCGACGGGGUCCAGAUUAUACAGUUUUCCUUUAGAUUUAGAAAUAUAGCCCUGAUCAAACCUUAACUGGAAAAAAAUGUCGGAGAUUUAAUUCGCCUGCGGAUUCCUUAAUUUGAUCAUGCAGAAUUAUCUGGAAAAUAGAAGCUAAAAAAGGUUUAUUAUUUUUUUCUGGAUCACCGCAGUAUCAGGAACCAACUAACUGGAUAAUUACAGCUGAUUUAUUUUAGGAUAUUUAAGUGACCUAUUGCUGUAUUGUUAUUGUAACGGUGCUCAUCGGUUUGCAGGAGAAGCGAUAUUGAAGUGGGAUGGACAAUGCCCAUACUAAGACGGUCGAGGAGGUGUUGGGGUACUUUGGAGUGAAUGAGUCCACAGGAUUGAGCAGUGAACAGCUGAGGAAGAAUCGUGAGCGAUGGGGUCCCAACGAAUUACCAGCAGAAGAAGGGAAGUCUCUGUGGGAAUUGGUGCUGGAGCAGUUCGAGGAUCUGCUCGUGCGGAUUCUGCUGCUCGCAGCCUGCAUUUCCUUUACCCUGGCCUGGUUUGAAGAAGGGGAGGGCACAAUCACUGCUUUCGUAGAGCCUUUUGUAAUUCUCCUGAUCCUUAUCGCCAAUGCCAUCGUAGGCGUGUGGCAGGAACGCAAUGCGGAAAAUGCCAUUGAAGCACUGAAGGAAUACGAGCCAGAAAUGGGGAAGGUGUACAGACAGGACAGGAAGAGCGUACAGAGAGUCCGAGCCAGAGAUAUUGUGCCUGGUGACAUUGUAGAAGUAGCAGUGGGUGAUAAGGUUCCAGCGGACAUCAGACUGACCUCCAUUCGAUCCACCACUCUGAGAGUAGACCAGUCCAUUUUGACAGGGGAGUCUGUCUCAGUGCUCAAACACACAGACCCUGUCCCUGAUCCACGCGCUGUAAACCAGGACAAGAAAAACAUGCUCUUUUCUGGCACAAACAUCGCGGCAGGGAGAGCAAUAGGGGUCGUGGUGGCCACUGGAGUGCAGACAGAAAUUGGUAAAAUCAGGGACGAGAUGGCAGCCACAGACCCAGAAAGGACGCCUUUACAACAAAAACUAGACCAGUUUGGGGAGCAACUCUCAAAGGUGAUCACGGUGAUCUGUGUGGCAGUAUGGGCCAUUAACAUUGGACACUUCAAUGAUCCUGUACAUGGUGGCAGCUGGCUGAGAGGAGCUGUGUAUUAUUUCAAGAUUGCUGUGGCUUUGGCUGUAGCUGCCAUCCCAGAGGGGCUUCCUGCUGUCAUCACCACCUGUCUGGCUUUGGGCACACGUCGUAUGGCGAGGAAGAAUGCCAUUGUGCGCUCACUGCCUUCUGUGGAGACCCUGGGCUGCACAUCUGUCAUCUGCUCUGAUAAAACUGGCACUCUCACCACCAAUCAGAUGUCUGUCUGCAGGAUGUUUGUCGUGGAGAAGGUCACAGGCAAGAGGUGUGUCCUGAAUGAGUUUACAGUGACUGGAUCCACUUAUGCACCUGAAGGAGAUGUAUAUAGGGAUGGUGCUGUGGUGCGCUGUAGCCAGUAUGAUGCCCUGGUGGAACUGGCCACAAUCUGUGCCCUGUGUAAUGAUUCUUCUUUGGACUACAAUGAGAGCAAAUGUGUGUAUGAGAAGGUAGGGGAAGCUACAGAGACGGCUCUGUGUUGUCUAGUGGAGAAGAUGAACGUGUUCGACACAGACCUGAGGAGUCUCCUCCCUGUGGAGAGGGCUACUGCGUGCUGUUCGGUGAUAAAACAGUUAAUGAGGAAAGAGCUGACGCUGGAGUUUUCUCGUGACAGGAAGUCCAUGUCGGUUUUCUGCUCUCCUAACAAGCUAGCCCGCUCCAGCACAGGAGCCAAGAUGUUUGUAAAGGGGGCACCAGAGAGUGUUUUGGAGCGUUGCUGUUGGAUCCGGGUUGAUGGUGGGACACGGGUGCCCUUGACCUCUGACCUUAGGGAACAGCUCUUGGGCACAGUAAGAGAGUGGGGUUCAGGUCGUGACACCCUGCGUUGCCUUGCCAUGGCAACCAGAGAUUCACCACCUGACCCUCGAACCCUGAAUCUGGAGAACUCCUCUGCCUUCUCGGAGUAUGAGUCGGAGCUGACAUUUGUAGGCUGUGUGGGAAUGUUGGACCCUCCAAGAAAGGAAGUACUGAAUGCUGUGCGCAUGUGCAGGCAGGCUGGUAUACGGGUCAUCAUGAUUACUGGUGACAACAAAGGCACAGCACUGUCAAUCUGCCGACGUGUUGGGAUCAUCACAGAGCAGGAGGAAGAGGAGGCAGAGGGUGCACCCUUUGGUGGAGGGCUGACCGGGCGAGAGUUUGACGAGCUGCCACCCCACCUGCAGCGCCAAGCCUGCCACACCGCCCGCUGCUUCGCCCGUGUUGAACCCACUCACAAGAGUCGUAUCGUAGAGUAUCUCCAGAGCCUCAGCGAUAUUACAGCUAUGACAGGUGAUGGAGUGAAUGAUGCUCCUGCUCUGAAGAAGGCUGAGAUCGGGAUAGCCAUGGGCUCAGGGACGGCAGUGGCUAAAUCAGCCUCCGAGAUGAUCCUAGCUGAUGAUAACUUCUCCACCAUUGUGGCUGCAGUGGAGGAGGGUCGAGCCAUCUAUAACAACAUGAAGCAGUUUAUCCGUUACCUCAUUUCCUCAAACAUUGGAGAGGUGGUGAGUAUUUUUCUGACUGCUGCUUUGGGCAUGCCUGAGGCUCUCAUCCCGGUUCAAUUGCUAUGGGUGAAUCUGGUGACGGACGGCUUCCCUGCCACUGCACUCGGCUUCAAUGCCCCAGACCUGGAUAUUAUGGCACGACCACCACGCUCUCCCAAAGAGCCCCUCAUCUCUGGCUGGCUUUUCUGCAGAUACCUCAUCAUUGGCUGUUAUGUGGGAGUAGCUACAGUGGGCGCUGCAGCUUGGUGGUUCAUGGCCGCACAUGAUGGACCGAAACUCACUUUCCAUCAACUGUCUCACUAUCUGCAGUGCAGUGAGGGACAUGCUGACUUUGCAGGAGUUCAGUGCUCUGUAUUUGAGUCACCGUAUCCAAUGACUAUGGCUCUGUCAGUGCUGGUCACCAUAGAGAUGUGCAAUGCCCUCAACAGCCUGUCUGAGAACCAGUCUCUGCUGAAGAUGCCUCCCUGGUCAAAUCCCUGGCUUGUGGGUGCUAUCUGCCUCUCCAUGGCCCUACAUUUCCUCAUCCUAUAUGUGGAUCCACUGCCUAUGAUUUUCCAGAUCCGACCGCUGUCCUGGCAGCAGUGGGUUACUGUUCUGAAGAUGUCCCUGCCGGUUAUCCUGAUGGAUGAAGUGCUGAAAUUUUUGGCUAGGAAUUACAUUGAGCCAGGCAGUGACCUUGAACAAGAGGAAGAGGAGAGACAGCGCCAGGACCAAGGCGGCAGCAGGGGAAUGGCAGGCCUGGUUAGCAAAAUACAACGGGGUCUGAAGGGUGUCUCCUGGGCAUUUGUGUUCAUCUCUGCUCCCCUUUUGUUUUGGAUCUACAGCCUGGACUCAGAUAUUACAAACAUCUUCUGGGAAUAGUUAGCAAGAGAAAAUGUGAGAGAGGGCAUGGGCAUUAGAAAGAUUUUUAAAGCGAGAGUAGGAGGAUAAUUCAGUUCAAAUAAGGGGGUUUAGGAAUAGAACACCAAAAAAAGGAAUAAAAUGAAUAUAUAAGAGCAAAAAAGUAUGAAAGGAAGACUUUUUGGCCAUGGACAAUCAGAAUUAGUAGGAAAACAAGGAUGGCGUAAAACAAGGAAGGAAGGCAAUUUAUUCAGUCCAGCCUCAUUUUGUGGUGGGGUGUUUUGUUUUGUUUUUUUUUGGUGGGGUUUCCUUAUGUCCUUCAUCUUCAGCACCAUUCUUAUGCUGUGUUUUUAAUCAUUUGAUGCCAUUUGAAAAAUAUUUAUAUAGCUAUACAUUAUUUCCAGUCAAGUCAUUAAUUUAAAUUAUCUCUACAAGCCCUACAUACAGUGGGAACCAAACAAUACACUUCUUGCCGGCAAUACAGAACAUUCACAUCUGUGAAAGAUUAAAUCACAAACAUUACAUGUUAAAA